AUGCCAUCACCAGAGUCUCACGCCAAACUCCUUCUCCGCCGCUCCGCAAAACGCACCCGUGCCCUCUUCGCCGAAUCAGACUCCUCCUCAGCACCAACCCAGGCACUACCCUCUAUUACGGAGGAUCCGGCAAUAAAAGCACGGAUCACAUCGAAGUUGAGGGCAGAGUAUGAGCAUGUACGGGAGUUACCGGCACAUAUCGCCGCGAAGCAGCCUGGGGCGAAGAAGAAGGUUGUAAAGAAAGCCAAGAGUGCAACGGUGGAGGAUGGCGAUGAUGAGGGUACGAUGAAGAUGAUCGAGGGAAUCCCAACAAGAGAAGAUGGAGAUCAAACUCAGGCUCUCACCAUCCGUGCGCCUGGUGCUUCUGGUGCUGGAGCAGCAGGAGUGGGGGGAAGAAGAAUACCGGCUGGCGCACAGCACGGGUUGAUUAGACGGUCGCACGUACAACCGAUCAAACCAGAAUGGCAUGCGCCGUGGAAGUUGAUGAAGGUGAUUAGUGGGCAUUUGGGGUGGGUCCGGUGUGUCGCUGUCGAGCCUGGAAACCAGUGGUUCGCGACUGGAGCUGGUGAUCGGACGAUCAAGAUUUGGGACCUCGCAUCAGGCAACCUAAAGGUGACGUUGACCGGCCACAUCUCCACCGUCCGCGGCCUCGCCGUCUCCCCCCGCCACCCCUACCUCUUCUCCUGCGCCGAAGACAAACAGAUCAAAUGCUGGGACCUAGAACAAAACAAAGUAAUCCGGCAUUACCACGGCCACCUUUCCGGAAUAUAUUCCCUCGCUCUCCACCCCACCCUCGACGUCCUCGUCACCGCGGGAAGAGAUAGUGUGGCGAGGGUGUGGGAUAUGCGGACCAGGCAGAAUGUGAUGACGUUGGGGGGACAUACGGGGACGAUUAGUGAUGUGAAGUGUCAGGAAAGUGACCCGCAGGUGUUGACGGGGAGUAUGGAUAGCACGGUCAGGCUUUGGGAUUUGGUUGCAGGUAAGGCGAUGAACGUUUUAACGCACCACAAAAAGAGCGUACGCGCUCUCGCUGUACACCCGACGGAAUGGACCUUCGCCUCCGGAAGCGGCGAUAACAUCAAACAAUGGAAAUGCCCCGAAGGCGCAUUCAUGCAGAACUUCGAGGGUCAUAACGCAAUCAUAAACACCUUGUCAGUCAACACCGACAACGUUCUCUUCUCGGGCGCGGAUAACGGGUCGAUGAGUUUCUGGGAUUGGAAGAGUGGGCAUAGGUUCCAGACGAUGCAGACCGUCGUGCAGCCGGGGAGUUUGGAGAGUGAGGCGGGGGUGUUUGCGAGUACGUUCGAUAGGAGUGGGUUGAGGUUGGUUACGUGUGAGGCGGAUAAGAGUAUUAAGAUAUGGGGGGAGGAUAGGAAUGCGACGCCGGAUACUCAUCCUUUGGAGUGGAAGCCGACGCUGGCGAGGAGGAAGUUUUAG